AUCCAGAAGUUAAUAAGCAAUCCUUAAAAUCCUUAAAACCGACACAAUGCGAAAUAACCAAUCAGACAGUGUAUGAUUUUCAAGUUCAAAUAUUAAAUGGUGCACUAAAAAAUUUGUCAGAAUAUCGCAAUAAAGUUCUUCUAAUCGUUAACGUGGCUACUUUUUGCGCAUACACCUUUCAAUAUGAAGACUUUAAUCCAUUACUCGAAAAUAAUUCUAAUGGAACGCUCACUAUCCUAGCAUUUCCAUGUAAUCAAUUUUACUUACAAGAACCAGCUGAAAAUCAUGAAUUGUUGAAUGGUUUGAAAUAUGUAAGACCAGGAAAUGGUUGGGAACCGCACAAAAAUAUGCAUAUUUUUGCCAAAAUUGACGUUAAUGGUGACAAUCAGCAUUCACUUUACAAAUUUUUGAAGGAUAAUUGCCCGCCAACAGUGCCGAUAAUUGGAAAGCGUCAUGAAUUGAUGUACAAUCCGAUUGGUACGAAUGAUGUCAUCUGGAACUUUGAAAAAUUCUUAGUUGAUAAGAAAGGUCACCCACGUUAUCGUUUUCAUCCAGAAAGUUGGGUUCAAGCAACUGUUGUAAAGCCGUACAUCGAUGAAUUGGAGCGUGAAAUAUAA